AUGCCAAUCUAUAAGCUCACCUACUUCAAUUUCAGAGGAAAGGCAGAGCUCCUUCGCUACCUAUUUGCCUAUAUGAAUACAGAGUAUGAAGACUGCAGAAUUGAAGAAAAUGACUGGCCUGAACACAAGUCUUCUUAUCCAUUUGGGAAAAUCCCAGUUUUAGAAAUUGAUGGGAUUGUUUAUUAUCAGAGCCUUGCUAUAGGCAGAUACUUGGCCAGGAAAGCAGGACUGACAGGGAAGACGGAACUGGAUGACCUUCAUAUUGAUGCCAUAUUAGACACCAUUGAUGACUUUGUGUCACGAUUUCCCUGGUACGCAGAAGACAAAGUAUGA